GCAACUGAAUGACUCAACUGUCAUUAUCAGCUCCCUCAGGACUCAUUUAAUCAACAAGGAGAGAAGCAUGACGGAUAUCCUGCAGUGCUACCCAGCGAUGAAGUCUGUGAACGACCAUGGGAAGGAGGUGACGGAGUACAACAACAAGUACUGGGUGAUGCUGACUGAGGCCGAGAGCCUGGAGCUGUACCCCGAAAAGGGGAUCCAGAAAGAGGAGAUUAAGUGGCGUAAGUGGGCUGAUGAAUGGCUUGUGCAUCUUAUAUCUCCCAACGUGUACCGGACCACCGGAGAGGCCAUGGCCUCUUUCGACUACAUUGUGCGCGAGGGCAAGUUUAGCACCAUGGAAGGUUUCUUUGCCAAAUAUGUUGGUGCUGCGGCCAUGUACAUCAUCGCAAAAAGGCUGAAAAGUCGGUGAGUUACACAAGAAAAUACAUCUUAAA